AUGGUGGUCCCCAACUACACCUGCCUCAAGCUGAAAAUGCCAGGCCCACGUGGUGUCAUCACCGUCGCAUCAAGCUUCCAGCGCACAUAUCAGUGCGAGAUGGACAACUGCGAGCUCGCCUCGGUAGUCUUGGCCUCCGAGGAGCUCGCCCUGAUCAGGACAGAGACUCCCCAGGAGCCUCCCAACUCUAACCGCAGGGUCGGGUCCUUUGAGCCCGCCGAGGGUGUCAAAGAGAUCCCUCGCGACCCCCAAGGGUCGGGUGAAAAGAAGUUGAGGGUCGGCUCGAUGCUGACCCCCAAAUAG